AUGUCUCUUUUCGCCAAAAAUAACACCGAAACCAUCAAUACUUUUGAUACCGAAAAUUUACAAGAUAAAUCCAGCGAUGCACCAAAGAUCUUUAAUACUGAAGUGCCCUUUGAUCAUAUCAUCAGCAGAAAGGUUAAAAGCUCACGGCACAUAAUUCUAAACCAGCCUGAGAUCUUAAACGCAAUUGGGUUUCUUGAAGUACAAUACUUAAAGCAUUUCAUCAAAGCCGCAGAAAACUCCCCAUCUGUAAAUACUGUUAUUGUUAAAGGCACCGGGCGUGCCUUUUCUUCUGGUGGAGAUGUUUUAUCACUCUAUAAGAGUAUUUACAUACCCAACAACAUACAUGGCUAUAAGAAAGCCUGGGACAUUUGGAACAUAAUAGCCAGCAUGAAGAAGCCAUAUGUGGCAAUUAUGGAUGGAUUUUCCAUUGGCACAGGUGCGGGUCUUGCUGCUCAUGGUUCGUUCAGAGUAGCCACAGAGAAAACUGUAUUUUCUAUGCCAGAAGCAGCUUUUGGUUUUGUGUCUGAUGCUGGAUCAAGCUUCUUCCUUAACCAACUGGACAACAUGAUUGGAACUUAUAUUGCUCUUACUGCUCAGUACCUUAAGGGCGCCGAUGUUUUUUUUUCAGGGAUUGCUACCCACUAUGUUCCUAGCCACCGUUUAGGAGCCAUGGAGUAUCGUAUCUCCCAAUUGGAUGUAGUCGACCAUGAUGAAGUAGACAGUAUUAUCGAAGAAUUCUCGGCAGAUCCGGGGACACAGUAUCGCCAUACUCUCAAAGGCAAUGUUGUCAAGACAAUCAAAAACUGCUUUAAAUACAAUACAGUCGAAGAGAUUCUGGAGGCGCUCGAUAAAGAUGGUUCAGAUUUUGCUUUAAAGACUAAAACAGAGAUGUUGAAACUUUCACCCACGUCUCUCAAAGCAAAUCUUGAAUUGAUAAGACGCGCAUCAAAAUCAAGUUUCGCUAGCUGCAUGGAAAGUGAGUCCCGGGCAGCGAUGAACAAACUACUGUGUCCGGAUUUCAAGGAAGGUGUCGACGCUCGUUUUGUUAAACAUACUCAGCCACGGUGGAAUCCUUCUACACUAAACGCAGUUGACAUUGACUAUGUUCGGUCAGAGAUUUUAGAUAAACAGAAUGUUUAUACAGCCAAAAUAUUCCAUGAAAACGCCUUUCACGCCUAUCCGUACUGGAAGUAUGGGCUUCCUUCUGAUAAAGAUGUGCAGAAAAUCAUCCAGAAUCCUGAAACGGCUUUCUAUAACUAUUAUCAAGUGGUCAGUUACUUUUUACAAAAAAGUAACUAUAAAUUUGGAGUUUUGGAAAAGGUUAUCGAUAUCUUGGACCGCAACACUAGAUCUGGAGACAAAAGCUUGGCAGGCAAAAUAGAAUGGAUUGAAUAG